UCUUCAGGUCGAAUUGAUUGACAACACAAUGCCUGGCUGUGUUGCUGCGUUGACGUUUCUUUGCAGGGUCUCAUCUUGUUUCUAUCACGGUUCCUUAAUACUGCGUUGUAUAGCCUGAUUCUCGUCACGCCUGGCUAGGUCCCAUGUGCCCGAUUUCUUCACUCAUCUCGAUAUAACAUCAACAAUGUGACAUUCGCGUGGGCACGCCAUCGCUUACACGCUCUGCCAGGCAUUGGCCAGGGCACACCCCGGCUCUGCCGAUUCUAGGGCUUCUCCGCAAUGCAAGAAAACAUUUAACAAUUCCAGCCUCAUCAAGAGUAUCCAUCAUCAGCAAUUGCGCAAGACGCUGAAGACUCGGUAGACUCCGAUGCGUAGGCACAUGCCAGAAACAAGAUGAGCGAAUCAUGCCCCAGAUGUUAAGCUUUGUGAUUGUCGCCCCUCAUCUCACCUCGGCCGGAUCAAGGUGUGUCUAGGGAGCGACGGCCGAAUACUGUAGCCUACGGGUACAGUGGCCUUGGAAAAAAGAGAAUUUACUGCCAAUGGAUGGCUUCUGACGUCGUGAGCGCCAUGGCCUGCCCGUUGUGGGAAAGGCCCUGAGUUGGUUCAAGGGGGACAGAAUUUAGGAUGACAUGGAUUGUUCCUAGGGUCAUCAACUGCACGGACACGGACAAGGACAAGGAAGCUGAAAUAUUUGGUCUUGAGUCGUGAUGAAACAACCAGUCUUUUUCAGAUGAAGUUUUUUUCGUUUAUUCGUCUUGAGAGUCAACAUCACGAUUAACCUCACAACGAUGAGACAGCACAUUCCACUGGCUGCAAAUCAUGCAACAUGGCCCAGGAACUCUAUCUGGAAUCCAGCGCCUAAAACAACAAUUAAUUCCCGACUCACCGUGGCUGAUCGACUCCCCGGGACGGUACUUGAGUCAUUAGACUCAGUCCAUUUUUUCACUUUCGGCAGUUUUUCUUGGCCCGUCUUUGCUCUAAUUUCAUGUCCCGCUUUUUACAAAGAGCCUCGUCUCGAUAUGGACAAUCACCGAUGGAGUGCACCAAAUUUCAACCUUGAAGCUCAUGGUUACAUCGUCAAGGCUGCUCAAUUCUGCAAGCUAUUCCCUGUAAGACGCUGCAGACUCAGAGACUUUGAUAAGCUCCACACAAGCACACACAAAAAUGAAGCUGUCGCAUAAAAACAACAGAAAAACAACCCCUCCUUAUUCUUUCGUCAGUUGACGACUAAAAGCGCCGAUCGUCCCGCAUAGGUUUUGUUUUCACGAAUAGAUCAUCGCACAGUGAUCGACUGCCACGACUCAAACGGCCACGCUCACGCAUGCUUAUGCGAGUCCGUUACUAAACACCAUCAAGCCAUAAGCCGUGAAUUGCGUGAUGAAAGCCUUGGAAGUGUCUCUUUCCUGGGAUCCUUACGUCUGCUCAAGGAACCAUUUUGCAAGGUGGAGGAGAACAGAUAGGAUCAAGGCGACUCAUUGCUACCUCAACCACACAAACCAUCGAAACUUUUCACAACAAGACUCCUGAGGAGUCUCCACGACGCAAGUGAUGAUCGCUACCCCGCUAGCAAAUCGAAGCACCACCUUCAGGUCUUGGCUUUGAUCCCUAUCGAUGAGGGGAAUCCGUUUGGGUGCCGCCCCCGUCGGCACUUCUCGCACUUGUUUUCGGCUCGCCCUAUCAAAUUGCGUCUGCAACCCUGCAUAUCAGCUUUCUGUACACUCUGUUUCGUGUGCUAGACCAUGGGGUGGUGUCAAAUGACGGUGAGCGGAUAAAGAACCGGCCUCUACGGAUAAGGAAUCUUUGUAGAUGAUCUGAGUGUCGGUUUCACUAUGAGUCGUCACAGUGGUCUGAUAUCAAGUUCACGAUGUCUCUGGUUUAUACGUUUGAAGCUGAAUCCUUAAAAACUAACUCACAAGCUAUGAUACUCUGGGCCCUGUUCUAGGCGGGGGAAGCUUUGGAGCUUCGUCUCUUUUUCAUGCGGGAUGCCCCGUGCUGCUGCAUGACGGGCGCCACUCGAAGCCAGCCCUGUCUGGACGGAGAGAAUCGCAGGUGUUGUAAUGUUGCAGGGCAUGAUGUGCUGUGAUAUCUUCCGAUAUCACGCUUUCCGGUUGUGCUUCCGAUGCGUCGUUUUCUUUCCGGGGGGGAAUGAUUGACGCGAAAACCACCAUAAAUGGCCUCGGAGAGCGAUAACGAGGGACAGUCCUGCUUGGGGAUGGUAUGACUUGAGAUGACUGCCUAAACAGGCAACCCGAUCUGUUUGCACGUCUCGUGUCUAUCAGGUACAAGCUUGAUACCUGUUGAUGUGGCUUGUGACAACUUGCCUGCUCUGGUUUGGUUUGCUGGUAUCAUGAGUUCCGGCUUUGACAGUCUCAGAAGCUUUCCGAUGUUGCCGGGUGUACUCAACCCUUUUUAUUCGUCUCGUCUGGCAUCCAUCAUGCCAAUCAAGACGGGUCACACUUAGCAUGAGCCAUGCAAGUAGCCUAUGGCACAGAAAUCGUCUUUCUAGUCAUAACUUGCAUACAAUGAGGCCAUUAGUUAAUGCCUCGAUACUUGUUGUAGUCCGCAACUUGCUCGUGUGAGCAAAGAUAUCUCGAGCUUUGCAGUUGCUAUCCGGCUGGGUCCCAGCAAGGCUUCACUUGUUGUCAUUUUCAAUCAACAUGCUUUCAGCCUUGCGAUAGAAUAGAGCUUUAUCCGUCUUUCCUCCUUUAAGAAUAGUCUUCUCUAACCAAGAAUACGACAUGGUACUUGUGGAAGCUGAGAUCAUUGAUCAGUUGCCAGUCCUUCCUACAAG